AAAUAGAGGGUACCCUUCCAACUUCAAAAUCACACAACCAAGAGUGAGUAACUUGAAGAAGGAAACAUAAGAAAACAUGUUGAAUUCUCAGAUCAACCAAACUCACUCUCUCAGCAACCUACUCCCACUGCAAAAGCCCUUCGUCGCCGGUGACGCCACCACACAUUCCUCCUCCUCGGCCUACUCACCCGCCAUUCUCCGCCAGCCAACCACCACCAAGAAAUCCAAUGCCACUCGCACUCGAUCCACCUCAGCUAGCAAAAUAAAAGCCAUAACAAUUCCGUUUCUUACCAAGACCACCGUCAAGGGUGUCAUCACCAUCCAACCAGCCAUCAGCUCUGCCAUCGCCGGAGUAGGUAUUGGCGGUGUUGCUGAUGGUGUCUCUGAUCUUCUAGGGCGGUCCUUCUUGCUCGAGCUAGUUUCCAAUGACCUUGACUCAAAAGGCAAGCAGAAGACAGUGAAGGCGUAUGCAAGAUACGAGGCAUUAGAUUUUGACAUUAACGUCUACACAUACAAAUGCGACUUUGAUGUCCCUGAGGACUUUGGGGAGAUCGGAGCAAUUCUUGUGGAAAAUGAAUACAGCAAGAAGAUGUUCUUCAAGAAGAUUGUUCUUAACAACAAUAUCACCUUCACCUGUGAAUCUUGGGUUGCUUCCAAGUAUGAUAACCCCGACAAGAGAAUCUUCUUCACCGACAAGUCUUAUCUUCCUUCGGAAACGCCGGAAGGCUUAAAGUCGUUGAGAGAGAAAGAUAUGGAAUCUCUUCGAGGAAAUGGGCAAGGAGAGCGUAAAUCUUCUGAUAGGAUUUACGAUUAUGAUGUUUACGACGACCUUGGAGCACCGGAUCAGAGCUUAAGUUUAGCUCGGCCGGUGCUCGGCGGCAACGAUCAUCCUUACCCUAGGCGGUGUCGUACUGGUCGACCAAUGUCUACAAAAGAUCCAUUAUCGGAGACGAGAACUUUGCUCCCGUUUUAUGUGCCUAGCGAUGAAGAUUUCUCAGAGAUAAAGGAGGUGAACUUUGGAGCGAGGGCAUUGUAUUCUGUACUCCAUGCGGUUGUACCCACUCUAGACGCCAUUAUUACAGACAAAGACAAAGGCUUUCCUUUAUUCAGGACCAUAGAUAUGCUCUACGAUCAAGGUGUUAAUGUUCCUGCUCCUGACAAUGGACUUAAAACUGUUUUGCCUAGACUCGUCAAAGGCGCUGUUGAUACCGUAGACGCCGUGAUCCAGUUCGAGACCCCUGCAACCAUCGAUCGUGACACAUUCUCGUGGUUUCGUGAUGAGGAAUUUUGUCGACAAAUGCUUGCGGGUCUCAAUCCAUAUACCAUACAGUUGGUGACGGAGUGGCCAUUGAGGAGUAAACUGGACCCUCAAGUUUAUGGGCCACAGGAAUCAGGUAUCACCAAGGAGAUCGUCGAGCAAGAAAUAAAAGGUUUCAUGACUCUUGAGCAGGCAUUGGCUGAAAAGAAACUGUUCAUGUUGGAUUACAAUGAUCUACUACUUCCAUACGUCAACAAAACAAGAGAGCUUAAUGGGACAACUCUUUAUGGUUCAAGAACUUUAAUGUUUCUUACUCCCACCGGAACUUUGAGGCCACUAGCCAUUGAGUUGACCCGACCACCAUCCGACGACAAGCCACAGUGGAAGCACGUGUACACUCCCGCCUGGGAUGCCACUGGAGCUUGGCUAUGGAAGAUGGCCAAGGCUCAAGUUCUCUCUCAUGAUUCUGCUUAUCACCAACUUGUCAGCCAUUGGCUAAGAACUCAUUGUGUGAUGGAGCCUUACAUAAUUGCUACCAACCGUCAUCUUAGCCAAAUGCAUCCAAUCCGACGACUACUCCUUCCUCAUUUCCGAUACACCAUGCAGAUCAAUGCUUUAGCUCGUUUAGCUCUCAUUAACGCCGGUGGUAUCAUAGAGUCGACAUUCUCUCCUGGGAAAUAUUCCAUGCAAAUUUGCUCCGACGCAUAUGAUCAGCUAUGGCGUUUUGAUCACGAGUCGCUUCCAGCUGACCUAAUUAGCAGGGGUUUGGCCGUUGAAGAUCCAAAUUCACCACAUGGUGUGAAACUAACAAUCGAGGACUACCCAUAUGCAAAUGACGGUUUACUCCUUUGGGACGCGAUCAAACAAUGGGCUACGUCUUACGUCAACCACUACUACCCAAAAGCGAGUCUAGUAGAAUCUGAUGUAGAGCUUACACAAUGGUGGGAUGAAAUUCGAACAGUUGGACAUGGAGAUAAGAAAGACGAACCAUGGUGGCCACAACUCAAAACCCAAGAAGAUUUGAUCGGAAUCGUUUCAACGAUCAUGUGGGUGGGCUCCGGCCACCAUUCAGCUGUCAACUUCGGACAAUAUGAUUUCGCGGGUUACUUCCCGAACAGGCCAACGAUGGCUAGAACCAAGAUGCCUAACGAAGACCCAACAGAAGAAGAGUGGCAAUCGUUCAUUAAAAGGCCUGAAGAUGCUUUGUUGAAAUGUUUCCCUUCGCAAAUCCAAGCUACACAAGUCAUGUCUGUUCUUGAUGUUCUAUCAAGUCAUUCACCAGACGAGGAGUAUAUCGGUGGAUAUAUAGAGCCGGCAUGGGCAGCGGAGCCGGCUAUCAAGGCGGCGUUUGAAGAGUUCCGGGGAAGUUUGGAAAAGCUGGAAGGAAUCAUAGACUCGAGGAACGUCGAUCCCAAAUUGCACAACCGAAGUGGUGCAGGAUUAGUUCCGUACCAGCUUCUCAAGCCAUUUUCCGGUCCCGGGGUGACCGGAAGAGGUGUUCCGAACAGCAUCUCCAUCUAGUUCCUUGUCUUCCACAAUAAAGGUUUUCGAGAUCUAUGGUCUGAUGGGUCUUUGUGAUAAAAAGGUUAUAAUCUAUAGUUUUUGUUUGUUUUAUUGCGAUUUCAAAUAAAUUCAUGUUGUGGUAAAACUUGUUAUCGUCAGCCUAAAGAAGCGAACCUAGAACAGAUCUAAGUAGGCUAAGUUAUUUAAUGCCAUCUUUUAAUAUCCAUCGUUCCACUAUCUAUACCAAUAACUAUACCGUUU